AUGUCCUGCGAUGCUGCCCAACGCCGCCGCCACAAACUCACCCGUUCGUUCGACAGUGCGUCAGAGAUCGCGAAAGCCAGCACGGUGAGCGGGGGGACUCCACGAACGCGCCCCAGAUCGUCGUCGACGCAGUAUCCCGCCUACGUUCACCCCUCCAAGUUCCUUUUCACACCGGCAGACCUCCCAGCGGCACCCCCCUUGCGCACCGCGACAACUAGGAAGGUCAACUCGUCCCCAGUCUUGCAUUCGCCGCACGCGUAUCCCCUCUACCCGCUAUCGUGUCCAUCUACGCCGUCGUCCGAAUCUAUGAAAUCAGAUAGCGACGAGUAUGAGGACGGACAGCACGAGGGGGAGUUCGACGGCGUUAUCUGGCAUGCGCCACAUUCCCUAUCUCCCAGUCCGCACGGCGCAAUAAGAGCAAGGGUCGGCGUGUAUGGGAAGGGCAGAGAUAGAGAUAGAGAAGGCGGAAAGCUGAUAUCCACCACGCCAGGGAUGCUGGGUGCGGGUGAAACGGAGACUGAAGCUGACGAGCCGCCCAAGCGGCUACCGACAGCCCGAAUCAUCCCCUCGCACGAACCGCUCAUCCCCCCCAGUUCUCUGCAAGAACGGCUAACCCCCCUCCUCUUCGAGUUCUCGCGCCUCUUGUCCGUCGUGCCCGCCAUAAUCGGCACCCUGUACAACCUCUACUUCGUAUUCUAUGGAACGGGCGAGUACGCGCGGGGGAGGCCAGAGAAGGUGGACUAUGCGGUCGCCGCGCUGUGGUCCAUUCUAACGGGCUUCCAGUGCCUCGCGCUGACAACUGGUCUUCUAACGCGCUGGAGGAUAUAUUACACCCCACUAUCUACGCUUGUCCGACUGCUGGGUCUGCAAGCGAUAUGCUGGCCCGCUACUAAUUGGACGCUUCGGAUAUUCGAUGGAGGAAUGUUCGAAGGCGCCGCGAGACGCCCGGUGAUCGUAUGGGCCAUUAUAGGCACCACGACGUGCGUGAGCCGCAGUGUGCAAAUCUGGGUGACCAGCAACCUCUGGUGGGAGCGCGACCCCCAACACACCAGCCACACCAACCCCCAUACCCCGAAUCACGACUCAAACCCAAACUCAAUAUCCCCCAAAUCCCCCGCCUCGCAAUCCCAAUCCCAAUCGCAGGCGCACCACUACCAGCACCACGCACACAACCGGCCGCGCGGGAGCGUGACGUCCCUGCUGCAAAACUCAUUCCCCAGCCUCUCGAGCUUCCCUUCCCCUUCCGGCGUGGGCGUGGGCAGCGGCGUGGGCGUCGGGGGCGCACGCGCGAACGGACGGGGCGGGUACUGGAAAAGGUGGCGGGGCGGGAAGUGGGGCGGGAGGCGGUGGGAUUGGACGGAGGUCUGCGUGAAGUGUGUGUUGCCCGCGGGGAUCGUGUAUGUCGUGAUGGCGUGGGCGGAGGCGCUGAGGAGAGAGUGGAGAGGAUGCUAG